AAAAGCCCGUACCGGAUCCGCUAGCUAACAAGUAGCCGCAUAAAACUAUUGGCCCAAUGCUCACUUCGAAUCAUUCGCCAGCUGGAAGUCGUUCGUCACGGGUGCUCAAUUCGGACUCAGGAUCGGGUUGGCCGCCGUCGAUUACCCGCGAUUACCCCCGUAACCUUCAGUUCCGUGCAAGGUGCAGCUGCAGCAGUGCUUCAAACGUAGUUCGUAGUGGACGUAGUUUCGCGAAACGAACAAACUACAAGCAACGGUUCGGAAGACUAUAUUGAGUUAGCACGCGAAUCAAUUCACACGCACUCCAAACGUUCCGGGUGUUAGUAUAAGCAGUGGGAAUCGUGUUUUUAGGUUGCUCCGAGUGUAUGUGUGAAAACUGGUGAAAAAGUUGAGCGAAUUGGUUCUUGUUUAUAGCACUGAAUAUACGCACGUCUUUAGAGCUUCUUAUAGUUGCGCUUAUUAGUAUCAUGGCUGCGUGCUAUGUAUUAAUGGCUGCGUAUGUUGCUCUUUGCAUCGUUUCUUAGUGAUAAUGGAAUAAUCAGUUUACCAGACCCUGAGGAUUGUGUAAAUGAUAGCAAACGGUCUUAAAGUCGCCCAACACUAAGCCAAAAAGUGUGCGGAGCAAUUUAGCAGCACGAUACAUUAGAUAAAGCCUAUGAUUGAAAGCUCAGAUUCUGAGCAUUCCACCGAAACCGGUGUUGAUGAGUGACAUACUUUAUAGGCGUCUAGCUCCGAACCGAGUCCCGAGGUCUUCCGAGACAUUCUACUGAAACGAAGAAGCGAAUAAAAAAGACCCCAGCUCUCGAACGCCAGACAUACGAGUGUCGUACAGUGCGGCGGAACAAGGAUUUUGUUUUGGGGAACUGCUAACUUUCCGGUGCUGCGAUUGAGUGUUACGAUUUACGAGCCGACAUCGCCUGGCGUUGAAAGCCAAAGCUAGAAGAAACCAGCUGCAAGGUCGAUAGCGCGUGCCCGGUGUUGGUGUAUCUUUCGGAGUGCAUGUUCUGCAGUUAACAAAAUGAGUGAUAUUAAGUGAAGUGCUUUGACAACAAACGAAUCCGAUAAUCAACAAUAAAUAAGAUCUCGAUUGUUACAUUCAAGUGUAGCAGAUUUGAUUUCUUUCGAUACAUUCGUGAAACGGUUAUCCAGUGCAAACAGUGCAGCUGCAUCAUGGCAAAGCUGAAAAUAGUUGGUGGGCGGCCCAUAACGAUGGAUGAAGCUAUCGAACUACGACAAACGGUAUUCGGAUCAGCAGCCAGUCCUCCACGUGGUGAAUGGACACGCACUGGAUUUACGUUCGGGCCUGCAAGCCAAGUAUGUAAACCCCCCCCCCCCCCGUUUCCCGCUUUCCGUACAAUUCAACACCGUACACGUUCCAUCCGACAGGAAUAUCCGUACGGACUGCGUACUCCUCGCAAUGCAACGAGAGGCAUGCAGUCCGUCCUGCAGGCACACAUCAUCAAGCAGUUCAUAUUCGACAACAAGCCCCGCGACAAAUCGGUCCCGCUCGAGGAGCUGCUGAAGCCGACCGAGGCGGAACAGGCCCUGUCCCUCUACACCGCCAUGUCGGACAUACUGUGGAACAUUGGCGAAAAGUCGAAAGCGAUCGUAGCGUUACCGGGCGAGGCGUCCCACAUACCGCACAGCCACGUUUACUUUCAGGACAAUGUCACGGAGAAGCUGUACUUUUUCGAGUUCACCAAGCUGGACGAUCUGCAGAUAUUUAUGAAGCGGUAUUUGCCCUACUUUACAGAGAAUCCUGGCCCAGGAACGCUGCUCUAUCUGUACAGUGCUGUAUUAACGCGUGGCAUGGAGAACAUGCGCAACGAUCUGGAUGCACCGAAGGGAGCCCAUCUGAUGGGACCGCACGAGGAAGGUUCCCUGAACGUCAUUACACUGCUGCUAACAGGGCGUGCAACGCCGUACCUGCACAAUGGCGUCGUGUACGUCGGCGACGAGGAUCACUACGCCGUACCACAAUUCGGAAUCCUGAGCCGUGGAGCGAUCGGGCUGCUAGUAUGGGAGGGAGAAAACGAGGCGAUGCGCUCCGCCUCCCGUAUGCCCGGUUCGCGACUCAAAACUCCGGCCACCCCGGUCUGGGUUAGCUGCUGCUGCGGCCAUUACGGAGUGCUGUUCAACUCUAACCGAGAGCUGCUGCGCAACUAUCACGCCGAAAAGCGAUUCGAGCUGCAUUACUACACUUGCGCCGGUUGUUACCUUUCGAUGACCGUCGACAACCGCGGACAGGACGAGGGCGGUGGCGAUAACGGUGAUCAGGAAGGGGACCGCAAGCGGGACGAUAUGGUCUCUACGCCGCUGGAAAGACUUAUACACACGAAGUGGAUGGACGCCAAGAUCACGUACCAUGGCGCUCUGCCGGCCUCGUUGAACUUCUAAAAGCUUAGCAUGGUUAUUUGUUGUGUGAUGUUUCGCCCAAUUAGAUCACAAUACUGACGAUUGUGAGCAGCACUUUCCCAUUUUGUUCCUAUGACUUCCCCUUUUCCUAUGUCUACAAUUUCCCUGAAGCGGAAAUAAUUUACACAUUUUUCCCCCAUUUCAGUAUUUUCGUUUCGGUUUCUCUAUCAACUGCUACUGCAACUGCAAUUGGAUGCUGGAUUCUGGAAGGAAACUGAACUCGCGCGAACCAAACCAACGAACCGCAUGCUCGAUUUUUUGGUCCCCCGUAAACAAGACUCACUUGCUGCUUGCUGUUCCGAAUAAAUAGGGAAUAAAUUGUUCUGCGCUUAGUUUCUUUUUAUUGUUCAAUCUUGCCAA